AUGCAGAGAAAUAUAGGCAGAGGCGGCGACCGUUCUCGCUCGGCGGCGACACUGUCGUUUUCAGUUGGAGGCCAUCGACGGCGGCAGCUUCAUGAUGUCCCCGUCGUGAACUGUGUGGCGGCGCAUAGGCUGUCGGGCAAACACGAUUCCGGCGGGUAUCGAGGCGCGGACAACGAGGGACGGCACAGGCGAUGGACGAUGAGGAGAUAUUCUGUGCGGAGGCUGCUUGCGGCGACGACGAUGCUCCGACGGCGUGAACUACAAGAGACCUUCUGCGUGAAAAUAAUGUUCAAAGAUCUCGCUCACAAUCUGCACCAUUAUAAAUCUACGAAAAAACUCACUUGUAAUGCUGAUAUUAUCGCCCACCAAACCUAUGUGAUCGCCAUUGCCAUGACGUCUCCCCAAUAG